CACAUACUGCUGGUGGCAGUGCAGAAUAUCAUGCUUCCAUAUGUUGAACGGGUUAGUACUACUACUAUAGUAACUAUACUAAUCUGCACGGUGGCACUGCUUGUUGGACAGCCUCUUGAGCUUGAGUGACAAUUGAGUUCUCAGCUCUUCCUGUUAUUCCUUUUUAUCAUAUACCUGGGACAACCACCAUCAAUACCCUUAGUCACUGUGUCUGAAGCCAGGCGCAGCACAACGAUCAAGUUCGUGGACAAUUUCCAGUCGUUCGUUUUACAUGUCACGGCCUCAGCCUUUACUCUCCUUCGAGGUAGAUACCUCGGGACAAGACACUUCCCUCAAACAUGAUGAUUUUGAUUCAGAGGUUCGGAGAAGUUGGCAUCAUUACCUACCGCUAUGUUUGCUACUUUUCCUCAUGGUGGCUCCCUAUCCUUCGUUGCUUAUCGUGCUCGUAAAUCACUAUCUUCGCACAUUGGACAAGCCUAUUGCCUUCGUUAUUCAUUUCUUGGUCAUUUUUACCCUCAAAUUCCUCGCCUUUAUUUCCUUGAUAGUUUGCGUAGCUCGUGAUCCCGGUCCAGUAUACUUUAACGCUUCCGACCAGGGUCCUAUCGAUCAACGUGAAGAUAUGGGCUUCGCAGAAGCUUUGAUGACCAUGGGGAAUACUGACGACGACUGUAGUCCUGACAAGUUUUGUCGGAAAUGUUGGGUACCUAAACCGGAGCGUGCGCACCAUUGCAGCAUCUGUGGCCGUUGUGUUUUGAAGAUGGAUCACCAUUGUCCUUGGCUUGGAGCUAAAUGUAUCGGAUAUAGAACAUACCCAGCAUUUGUUCACUUCUUGACUUGCAUCACCGCUUUCUCCGCAUAUGUCACUACCAUAUCUAUAUCCGCAGUCCGGUGGUCUUUCAAUAACCCGCUUCUGGUUCCAGAUCAGGCUACCCCUGUUCAUGAAUUGUUACUUGCCGCUGCUGGUGUGAUUUUCACUCUGGUUGUUGGUUCCUUCUUGGUAUACCAUAUCUACCUCAUUACCACUAACCAGACUACUGUUGAAGCCCUUUCACCAUUCUUGUUAUUGAGAUAUAUUCCUCCGUUACCGGCGUCUAUGAAGUUAUCUGAUCCUCCAAUGGAGGAAGAAUUAUCAUACAGUCAACGUAGAGUGGUCCGUGAUGCACAUAGGUUCGUGCGCAUGUACGAUAUCGGGUGGCGGAGGAACUGGGCGCAAGUUUUCGGAUGGAGCAAGCCGCGAGGGUGGAUUUAUCUUCUUCUUAUUGGCGGCACUGGGAAUGGUGAUGGGCGGUCAUUUCCACGCAAUCCACGCUCGCAGGAGAUGCUGUCCCAGCUGGCGGCCCGCCUCGAGAAGGAUGCUUGAAAUAGAAUCAUUGGGUGCCUCUUUAUAAGUAUGAUGCUUAAUGUGAUUGCAAUCUGAUAUACUCCCGUGAGAAUGGAAGGGACAGCGAACACAAGCCACAAUAAGAUUCUUUUGUGAUCUGUCCAAAAUACGUCGGCCGAGCCUGGAUUCUGCAGGUGAUACCUUUCUUGUUAUAUCUACAACAUUCCUACUUCCCAUUUCAGGCCUUUAGCUGAGGUGCAUAUCACAUUUUCUAUUUUGAGUGUACCAGUAUUGUCUCUGUGAUAGGUUAUGUCUUCAAAAUAUGGAGAUAAGCAGCACGCCU